AUGUCGUUGACGAAGACUAAUAUUCUAGUUCGUUCUCUAAGUACCUCAGCGGCUACAGCUCAGCUCGUUAAGCCGCCAAUUCAAGUAUUUGGAUUGGAGGGUAGAUAUGCAGCUGCAUUAUACUCAGCUGGUUCAAAAAAGAAGACUCUAGAUACCGUCGAAAAAGAACUAUCCCAUUUCCAGCAGUCUAUCAAGAGUGAUAUUAAACUUAAGGAGUUUCUUAUGAAUCCAACUUUGAAGAGAAGUUUAAAAGUUGAUGCCCUGAAACAUGUUUCAACUAUGACCAAGCUUUCACCGACAACAAGUAACUUGUUGGGCCUCUUGGCUGAAAAUGGACGUCUUAGCAAGCUAGAGGGUGUGAUUAAUGCUUUUAAAAUAAUGAUGGCGGCUCACAGGGGUGAAGUAACUUGUGAAGUUAUCACAGCUAAGCCUCUGGAUCAAGCUCAGAGGCAAAGUUUGGAAGCUGCUUUAAAGAAAUUUAUGAAGGCAAACGAAACUUUGGUACUCACAGCCAAGGUAGAUCCUUCUCUGAUUGGUGGUAUGGUAGUAUCUAUUGCAGAUAAAUAUGUGGAUAUGAGUGUGGCCAGCAAAGUGAAGAAAUACACCGAACUAAUCAGUGCAGCAGUUUAA